CCGGGGAGGUUCUAGUCUGUUCUGCCUCUCAGCAACCGCCCCCUUUACGCGGUCACGCUGAGCUAGCGCCCGGGCUUGGGAUCGGGCCGCAGCUUCCGUCGUGCCCGCCGCCUCCCGCCGCCUCCCGCCGCCUCCGGACCAUGGACCCCCGCAAAGUGAGCGAGCUUCGAGCCUUCGUGAAAAUGUGCAAGCAGGACCCAGGCGUUCUGCACACCGAGGAAAUGCGCUUCCUGAGGGAGUGGGUGGAGAGCAUGGGGGGUAAAAUACCACCUGCUACUCAUAAAACUAAAUUGGAAGAAAAUACCAAGGAAGAAAAAACGGAUAGUAGGAAGGCGGAGGAAAACAUAAAGACAGAUGAACCAUCAAGUGAGGAGAGUGAUCUAGAAAUUGACAAUGAAGGUGUGAUUGAACCAGACACUGAUGCCCCUCAAGAAAUGGGAGAUGAAAAUGUAGAGAUAACUGAGGAGAUGAUGGAUCAGGCAAAUGAUAAAAAAGUGGCUGCCAUUGAUGCCCUAAAUGAUGGUGAACUACAGAAAGCCAUUGACUUGUUCACAGAUGCCAUCAAGCUAAAUCCUCGUUUGGCCAUUCUGUAUGCCAAGAGAGCGAGUGUCUUCAUCAAAUUACAGAAGCCAAAUGCUGCCAUCCGAGACUGUGACAGAGCUAUUGAAAUAAAUCCUGAUUCUGCUCAGCCAUACAAGUGGCGAGGGAAAGCACACAGACUUUUGGGCCAUUGGGAAGAAGCUGCCCAUGAUCUUGCCCUUGCCUGUAAGCUGGAUUAUGAUGAAGAUGCUAGUGCAAUGCUGAAAGAAGUUCAACCAAGGGCCCAGAAAAUUGCUGAACAUCGGAGAAAGUAUGAGCGAAAACGUGAAGAGCGAGAGAUCAAAGAAAGAAUAGAAAGGGUCAAGAAGGCUCGGGAAGAACAUGAGAGAGCCCAGAGGGAGGAAGAAGCCAGACGACAAUCAGGAGCUCAGUAUGGCUCUUUUCCAGGUGGCUUUCCUGGCGGAAUGCCUGGUAAUUUUCCUGGAGGAAUGCCUGGAAUGGGAGGGGGCAUGCCUGGAAUGGCAGGAAUGCCUGGGCUCAAUGAAAUUCUUAGUGAUCCAGAGGUUCUUGCAGCCAUGCAGGAUCCAGAAGUUAUGGUGGCCUUCCAGGAUGUGGCUCAGAACCCGGCAAAUAUGUCAAAAUAUCAGAGCAACCCAAAGGUUAUGAAUCUCAUCAGUAAAUUGUCGGCCAAAUUUGGAGGUCAAGCAUAAUGCCCUUCUGACAAAUGAAGCCCCUGCUGAAGAAAAAGCAACUUAGAUCACCUAAUGGAUGUCGCAAUAAUACAAACCAGUGUACCUCUGAUCUUCUCAUGAAGAAAGCUGGGGUGCUUUGAAGAUAAUCCCUACCCCUCUGCUCCAGAUGCAGCUGAAACAUUUUACAGUGGUUUGCCAUUAGGGUAUUCAUUCAGAUAAUGUUUUCUUACUAGAAGUUUAAAACUUUAAACAAUUUUUAAACCUUAAAAAUAUUUAAAACAAAAGGGUGUGUUAAUCCCUACUAUUUUCUUUACUAAUCAUUUUGUUUUUUUCCUUUGAAUUAGUUAGGCAAGGAAGAUACUUCAGUAUGGAAGAUUUAUGGUUCAAGUUUGAGUGAAAUAAAGAUUUAUUAGUGGGAGGCAAAUGUAACAUUUAAAUAGAUAAAGUUUGAGUUGAAUAUGUGGUCACUGAGGCAUUUUGAUUUGUCUUUUUAAUUGCUUUAUUAUUUUAAAUGAUUUGCUUCCAUGAAACUCUUGGGACCACCAGUAUUGCAGUAGGACCUGGGUAGGGACUGGAAGUACUCGGCAGGGCAGCAGUAAUCUUACUACAUUUUAUAUAAUGUGUACCCUUGUGCAGAUGCAUUUAAAUCUUACACUGGUGAAAGGAUGAUUUUUAUACUGCUGCAGUAAAAUUGGAUUACUUAGCUCUGUUCUUGUCUGAUAUCUAAAAUAAAUGUUUCACAUUUACACACAGGGGAAAUAAGGGAAUACUUUUCUUUUUGUAUUUCUGUGUUUAAAAUGUUCUUUUCAGGGCUUCCCUGGUGGCGCAGUGGUUGAGAGUCCGCCUGCCAGUGCAGGGGACAUGGGUUUGUGCCCCGGUCUUGGAAGAUCCCACAUGCCGCGGAGUGGCUGGGCCUGUGAGCCAUGGACGCUGAGCCUGCGUGUCCGGAGCCUGUGCUCUGCAACGGGAGAGGCCGCAACAGUAAGAGGCCCGCGUACUGCAAAAAAAAAUGUUUUUUUUCAGAUCAGAAAAUGCCCAACUCUUUGUCUGCUUUCUACUGGUUUCAACAUUUUUUUCAUCCUACUCUUGGGGUAAAGAUGAUGCUUUUUCACUAGCGUCAUCAUUGCUAUCAUCAUUCACAGCAUAAUUAUGCAAGCAUAUUUAACGCUGGGUUUAAUUUAAUAUGUAAUACAAAUAGUGGCUAUGUAGGGUAAUACCCAUAAUAGCUGCAGUUUCUUACUUGGCCAAGAGAUUUCAUAUUUAAGUGUUAGAUUUCCUCUUUGGUGAAAUGUUAACAUACCAAAAUAUGUUGGAAGAAGGGAUUCCCUUUGGUGUUUGGUCUCCUACUUAGGAAAUAUCUGUUGCAGUUAGAGUUUAUCUUGUAGUAUUAAUUUUGGGAGGAGUUUGAAUUGAUACACAGAGGGGAAUCUAAAUUCCUAAUCCAGCAUGAACUAAAAAAAUUGAUGAGAUUCAUGGUGGUUCUUCUUUGUGGAGUUCUCAGCAUUGUGAAAGAUGCAUUGUUCUAUUCAGCUCUUAAAUACUGCAGCCAUGUCCCCACCUCUCCUUAUUCCUUCCCUGUCCUCCAAGGAUAAAGAAAAUGAUAAAUUUUCUGUUGUACAUCCAGUUCUUACAUUAAAUGAGGCUAAGUCCAGGCACUGUACCAGGAAUUGCUAGGUUUCUACUUAUUUUUCAAUGUAAAGUGCUAGUUUAAAAGCAGUUUCAAGGGAUGAGACCCUCUGUACUUUGCUUAUUUGAAGAAUCAAUGGUAGGAGCAGUGAAGUAAAUUCCAUGGAAUACAUUUCUGAAAUCAUAAGUAAGUUGAUUUAAGUUUUUACCCUUUGCUGUACGCAAGCAAAUAGAAAUGCAUCUGUUAAGUGAGAAAAGCUGUAUGCUGAUUACGCUUUUUAAACCCUUUACAAAUACUCAGCAUAUAAACUUGAGUUUGAGCUUG